CUUCAGUAAAUCAGUGAGUUUGUUGUUUGUUGUGAGGGGCAGUGAAUGCUGUCUUACUUCGAAGUGAAAACUCUCUCGACUCUGUACAUCAGGUACAUUGCACUUGAACUUGAAAAUAUUUCACACCCUGUCCGAUCUUGUCGCGCUGUCGGUGAAGUAUUUUUUGCUCGCGGAGGACAGAAGGAAACGCAAACGAGUACAGUACAAUUAGUCAUGUACAUUGAUUCACCCAGAUAGAAUUUAUUUUGAUCUCUUCGGAACUCUCGAGGCAGAAUGCCGGAGGAAUCCGUGUCGGCCAUUGUGCGUCUGCGACCGAAAGUGUCUUCGUCUCCGACGCUGGACAUACGCUGCGAGCCACAGGCAAUCACGAUUGCUCGGGCAGGAUGCACGGAACAACGUUCGUACAGCUUCACUGCGGUGUACAACGAGGGCACGGACCACGAGUCGCUGUACAGCGAGCAACUGUCUCGUCUGGUAACGCACCCGCUGUGCGGGGUCAACGCCACCGUCUUUGCAUACGGACACACGGGUGCCGGAAAGACACACACGAUGCUCGGAACGGACGCAGACCAGGGCAUGAUACCGCGCAGCGUUCGCGCUCUCCUCAACAUGGCCGCGUAUCACAGUGGGCAGGGAGAACGCGUGCAGGUCGUCAUGUCGUAUCUCGAAGUGUACAACGAGAAGAUCUUCGACCUGCUGGUGCCGCGAACGGCGAAGCCCAACGACCUGCCCAUUCGUCAGGACCGGCAGUACAACAUCUCCGUGGCGGGUCUGACUGAGGUACCGCUAACUUCUUACGAAGCAUUCCAGGCUGCAUUCGGGCCUGCAAGUGAGAAGAGGACCACAGCGUCGACCAAGCUGAACAGUGAAUCCAGUCGUAGUCAUGCCAUACUGCUGCUCAAGGUGAAACGUCAGCAAGGAGAUCGUCAGCUGACCGGAAAGCUGCAUCUGAUCGACUUGGCCGGCUCUGAGAAUGCCAAGCGUGCCGGCAACGUUGGAGACAGGCUGAAGGAAAGUGGUGCCAUCAACACGUCCUUGUUUGCUCUCAGCCAAGUUGUCAAUGCAUUGACGUCAAGCAAGGGUAACCUGCACAUACCGUAUCGAGACAGCAAGCUCACACGUUUGCUGCAGGACUCUCUGGGAGGCAGUGCCAAGUCUCUAGUCAUUGCCAACAUUGCACCGGAGGAGUCUCAUCUCGUCGACACGGUCAGCACUCUGCAGUUUGCCACCAAGUCCAUGCAGAUCAUUAACAAACCGGUGUCCAACGAGAAGCAGGUCGGUGGAGGGGCUGCGUCCGCACCCGGCACCCAGGCUAAUGCAGGUCCCACCGUGGCGCCUAAACUGGAUGUGUUGCCAAGCCCGUUUGUGCGGCACACCAAGGCAUUGUUAAGUGACGAGGUGCGCAGUAUGAACAGCUUGCUGCGGGAGGAAGUGAUGCGUGACCAGAAGGAAAUGCAGAACGUCAUCAACCGCCUCACGGAGACCGUAGCGUAUCUAGCUUCCCAGCAAGGCCCCACUGGUCAGCCUGUGAAUCCCAGCAGCAGUGUAGCUCAACAGAUUGCCGACAGUGUUGCAGUGGCUGCUGCUGCCUCCUCCUCCUCCUCCUCCUCCUCGGCCAACGCCCCCGCCGUCACCGCCUCGUCAUCAUCAGUUCAGCUUCAGCAGCGUCGAGCGCUUCACUCGCCGUGUGCUGCACCGUCCGACCUCGCGCCUAGCUCUGCUGCCACGACCGUCGAUGAUUUUGACGGAGACUUCGCCAGCAAGGGUGAUGGUUUCGACGACGAUUUCGUGUCGUCGGGACAACAGCAGCAGCAGCCGUCCACGUCUCUUGAUGUGCCCGUCUCGGUUGGACACACGUUUGUUGUAGAUCGACACCGCUCAGCCAACUCUGUACCGUUCUCUCAACUCGUCGAGCCUUCAGCAAUGGCCGCCUCACCUCUCUUGCCAGUGGUAUGCCAGCGCCGACGCUACCGGCAAUCGUGUGCCAACACCACCAGCGCUCUCUCCACCGCCUGCUCCAGCCGCUCCGACAAACCACCAGCCAUGCCGUCGCUGGAGCAGGCGCGUGUGGGAACUGGUUUCCGUGACUAUGACGACGACGAUUUUGAAAGCGAGCCGCCAGCGAGGCAUCCGCGUGCUGCUGUUGCCCCCGGUAACCCCCGCCGCACUGCUGCGCCGUCGGCGUCUGUCCAGCCGUCCGCUCGUAGUGGCAAGGUGUCUGCGCGGGCCCGGUCGAACGUGAACAGACGAGACACGGUUAACUCCCGUCGACGCGGCCCACCAACCACAACCGUAGCAACAGUAACUAACGAUGUUGCCAGUGCAUCUGGCCAUCCGAGAAUCAAAGAACCAUCUGACGCCGUUGCUGCAUCCCGACCGAAGGACCUCCAAGCAGUGGUUUCAAAUAGUUCAACUGCGAGUCAUGUAACGGCCGCCAAGCAACGCCCUGCACUGUCGGCAGCUCAUGCCACUCGCAGGUCUCCUCGAUCGCCAACGCUGCAUCCGCGACCAGCCCUGCCCAGCCAUGCCGUGGACCUGACCAGGGAGGAUGUACCAAAGGCAACAUGCGAGCGCAGUCACGGCCGAGUGCAAGCCACAGCGGCAGUGGUGACGGCAGAGGCAGCGCAAGAGCAAGCGGCACGACGCCAACCCACUACCGCUGGCAGCCACUGCAACCGUGCUGGCGAUCGUGCAGACGUCUCUCGGAGCACUGCUGCCAUCUCCGCUGCUGUAACUAUCAAGAACACGGAUGGAAGCUGUGCAGAGCGUUCAAUGAUUAGCAGCACAGCAACGAAAUCUGCACAAGUGUCGCCGCCGGAGAGAGACUCCUCUGAUAAAGAAAAUCUGCUCGAGGAAAAGGAAAAGAAGGCCAUCGGCAAGCGCCGUAGAUCGGUAGUAUCACGGCACAACGCCAAGCGACGAUCAGUCGGUGGGGAGAGACUGAGGGAAGCGCGUUUGCAAGCGACUGAAGCCAGCACCGAGGUUCCGCUAGCUCUCCCAACCCUGCCGCCUCCCGGCCCGUCGGAGCAACAGGACGACGAGGAGGUAGUGCAGCCAAGACGGCGCAGAAACAAGCGUAAGUCCGCCGGACCCCCGGUUGAUGCCUUGGUGUGGGAGAACGACUUGGCGGAUGUCAGUACCUCCAUGUCAGUGACCUCUCAGUCUGCAAUGACCGAACCUGACAUGUCGCUAACUGAGGAAGCUGCACCUCCGCAACGCAAGAAGAAGAAGCGUCUCAUCUCGCGCAAGGCUAUGUCUCAGAAUGUCGUUGAUCAGUCGCCAUCGGCCUCGUCCGGUUUACAGGCCUCCGCUCCGAACAUGGCCCGGUCCAUUCUCGGCGAUAGCAACGUGCUGAACUCAGCCAUGUCAAUACCCUACCCCGGCGACUCCCAGAGCAAGGGGUUCUCUUGCGUCGUGCCACAGAACAGUGCAACAACUUCCGCUUCGCUCCCCGUGUCGACCUCCGGCAACGAUGGUGCAGGUUCAUCGCACUCGUUCUGCUCCUCCGUGACGCUCGCCCCUCGCAGGCCGCUCUCGGCCAGUGUAACACCGGUGGCGAAGGUCUCGCCCAUGCCGAUUUCCGACACUCCCGAGCUGUUUGACUCCAGUCCAGCGUGCGCAAGCAGUGGCUCCUUAUCCGACAUGAUAUCACCUUCUGAGGACACUAUGCCAGCGGCCGAUCACAAGCCAUUCUCCGAUACAGGUAAGAACACAUCCGUCAAAGCCACUGCAGCAGCAUCAUCAUCAUCGUCAUGGUCACCUGAAGAGGACGAGGCGUUCCGAGAAGCGCAGGCCCUCUACCCGACCGGACAGCGUUUUGUCUCCGUUACCACUGACGAUGGCCAGACAAAGAAAGUUGGCCGCAACAUUCUCAUCUCGGCCUACAUCGCGAAGAAGACGGGAAAGGAGCGUACCGCCGCUCAGGUUGGGAGACGAUGCCGUGCCAUUGCUCAACGGAAGGAGAAGGACAACGGAGAUACUCCACAAACUCGCGCGGAACUCAAGGCAAGAAUCAAGUUCCUGGAGAAGAUAGCAAAAGAGGCAGAGCUGGUCUUCCAAUCGCGUGUCAAGGAGCUUGUUCAGGAAUACUCUGUGGCUUUAGGCAACCCAGGUACAGCAUUGCCAACUGCUUGACGUAUGAGGCGUACCCUGCUUCCUUGGGUUUCUCCUGCAAGUCAGUGACUGUUGCUGCCGCCGGCUUGAUGCUUAAAAAGUGUUCGUGAAUGCCUCCACUUUGAAGUGGUGCUAAUGGCUCUCUCUCUAUCUAUCUAUCUGUCUCUCUCUCUCUCUCUCUCUCUCUCUCUCUCUCUCUCUCUCUCUCUCUCUCUCUCUCUGCUCUCUGCUCUCUGCUCUCUGCUCUAUCUCUCGCUCUUCUCUCUCUUCUCUCUCUUCUCUCUAUCUAUCUAACUCUCUCUCUCUCGGUCUCUCUCUCUCUCUCUCUCUCUCUCUCUCUCGCCCGCUUGCUAGGAUACAAUGGACUUUUGUCUUGUCUUGUACACAAACGCUAACCACCUGUGUGUUGUUAUAAUGUACAUUCGGAGAUAGGUAUCAAUAGCAGCCACACCAGCGAUUUGCUUGUUGGCUUUUUUAAAGCUUCAAAUGUUAGGAUUUUUAUUCUUGCUACAUUGUCUCUGUUUUCUUCUCUCUCACCGGUAUGAUGUCGGGUAUGGUGUUGCCGAUGUGUAUCUACCAGCUCUUUGCCUUCGAGAUGAUGCUGUUGUAUUGGUGCAGGUUAUGGGAAUUCACGUUAACUAGUUAUAACCUGCGCGGGGUGUGCUGCGCUGCGCCAUUGAAUCGCCACUCUGCCGUUUGUUUGCUGGCGUGCUAACUAACUUGUUGUUUUUUCAUUUCGUUUCAAAUUUAACACCGCUAACGUAGACGUUUUGGCUGUCCGAACUCUGUAACUUUGUUAGUCUGAUGUUUGUAUGUUGUGCUGACUUUUGUCACUGUAGAAGGUGUGCAGGAUCAUUGGUAUCAGUAUCAGUUGCUACUUUUUUGUAUCGAUAUCGUGACUCUGGUGUUAAUCACAGUGUUAUGAUGCGUAUUGAUGGAUUUCCAUUCCAUCGUUGAAAUCAUAAAAAUGACGUCAAUUUGAAA